AUGGGGUUAUUAUGGCUGGCCAAGUUCAUGCUAGGAUGCACAACACUUUUGUACGUGGAACAAGCCCAGGGCCAAUAUGAAGGGGACUUUCAGACAGACAGAUUUGCAGGCUAUGAGGAAAGACAGCCAGCAAAUAGAGUGAGAAGAAGAGGCCAAGACACUUUACGAGGACCUAAUGUUUGCGGCUCAAGAUUCCACUCUUACUGCUGCCCUGGAUGGAAAACGCUGCCGGGAGGAAAUCAGUGCAUUGUUCCAAUUUGCCGGAACUCUUGCGGCGAUGGGUUUUGUUCACGGCCGAAUAUGUGCACGUGCUCUAAUGGGCAGCUGUCCCCCAACUGCGGCUCUGGUGGAGUCCAAACCUGCAACGUCAGGUGCAUGAAUGGGGGAAGCUGCAAUGAGGAAUCCUGCCUCUGCCAGAAAGGAUACACUGGAACUUACUGUGGGCAACCUGUUUGUGAAAAUGGCUGCCAGAAUGGAGGUCGGUGCAUUGGACCCAACCGUUGCGCUUGUGUCUACGGGUUCACUGGGCCUCAGUGUGAGAGGGACUAUCGCACCGGUCCCUGCUUCAGCCAGGUGAAUAACCAAAUGUGCCAGGGCCAGCUCAGUGGAAUCGUCUGCACUAAGACCAUGUGUUGUGCCACCAUUGGACGGGCCUGGGGUCACCCAUGUGAGAUGUGCCCUGCCCAGCCUCACCCCUGCCGCCGGGGCUUCAUCCCCAAUAUACGCACUGGAGCCUGCCAAGAUGUGGACGAAUGUCAGGCUAUCCCAGGCCUGUGUCAGGGUGGAAACUGCAUCAACACCGUGGGCUCCUACGAGUGCAAAUGUCCUGCAGGACACAAGCAGAGUGAAACCAGCCACAAAUGCGAAGAUGUGGACGAGUGCACCACAAUCUCCAGUGUGUGCGAUGGUGGUGAGUGCACCAACACGGCAGGAAGCUAUGUGUGCACAUGCCCGCGUGGCUUCAUGACCAGUCCAGAUGGAUCCCGCUGCAUUGACCAGCGGAUUGGCACAUGUUUCUCAGCACUAAUCGGCGGGCGCUGCGCUGGGGAGCUCCCAGGCCAGUACACCAAGAUGCAGUGCUGCUGCGACUCCGGGCGCUGCUGGGCGAUUGGGCAGACCCCUGAAAUGUGCCCCGUCAGGGGAUCCGAUGAGUACCGCAGGCUCUGCAUUGAAGGGCUCCCGGCCGUGCCAGGCUUCUCUGGGAGCUUCCCUGGGAUUCCUGGGUUUGGGCCAAAUGGUGUCGGGCCUGGAAUCGGCGGACCUGGAGGCAUUGGACCAAAUGGGGCAAAUGGCCAAGGCGGGAUCCCAGGACUUCCUGGGAUGGGCCCUGGAACAGGCUCCUGGGGUGGGGGGAAUGAAGCAGGGGGCUCGGGGCUGCCAUUCCAGGCUCUCUUCUCUCUGGGGUUUGCAGGAACUGCUACCUUAAAUCAGACCAUCGACAUCUGCAAGCACUUCACCAACCUGUGUCUGAAUGGGCGCUGCAUCCCCACUCCCUCCAGCUACCGCUGCGAAUGCAACAUGGGAUACAAGCAGGACGUGCGUGGCGAGUGCAUUGAUGUGGAUGAAUGUUCCAGCAGCCCCUGCAUGCACGGCGACUGUGUGAACACACCUGGCUCCUACCACUGCAAGUGCCAUGAGGGCUUCCAGAGCACCCCCACCAAGCAGGCCUGUAUCGACGUUGACGAGUGCAUCAUGAAUGGCGUGAUGUGCAGGAAUGGCCGGUGCGUUAACACUGACGGCAGCUUCCAGUGCAUCUGCAAUGCGGGCUUCGAAAUCACCCCCGAUGGCAAGAACUGUGUCGAUCAUGAUGAAUGUGCCACAACCAACAUGUGCCUCAAUGGGAUGUGUAUCAAUGAAGACGGCAGCUUCAAAUGCAUCUGUAAACCCGGCUUUGUGCUGGCUCCCAAUGGGCGCUACUGCGUCGACAUUGACGAGUGUGAGACCCCGGGCAUCUGCAUGAACGGCUGGUGCAUUAACACGGAGGGCUCCUUUCGCUGCGAGUGCCUGGGUGGCCUGGCUAUUGGCGUGGAUGGGCGGGUGUGCGUGGACACCCACAUGCGCAGCACCUGCUACGGAGCCAUUAAGAAGGGCACCUGUGCCCGUCCCUUUCCAGGAGCAGUCACCAAGUCUGAAUGCUGCUGUGCUAACCCCGACCAUGCCUUCGGAGAGCCCUGCCAGCCCUGCCCAGCCAAAAACUCGGCUGAAUUCCAGGCACUCUGCAGCAGUGGUAUUGGAAUAACAGCUGAUGGCAGAGAUAUCAAUGAAUGUGCCCUCAACCCGGACAUCUGCCCCAAUGGCAUGUGCGAGAACCUGCGCGGGAGCUACCGCUGCAUCUGCAACCUGGGCUAUGAGUCAGAUCCCACGGGCAAGAACUGCGUGGAUGUCGACGAGUGCGCCGUCAAUCGUUUGCUCUGUGACAAUGGCCUGUGCCGUAACACGCCCGGCAGCUACACGUGCACCUGCCCCAAGGGCUUUGUCUUCAGGACGGAGACAGACACCUGUGAAGAUAUCAACGAGUGCACGUCCAGCCCCUGUGUGAAUGGGGUCUGCAGGAACAACGCCGGCUCCUUUGCCUGCGAGUGCUCCCCGGGCAGCAAACUGGACCCCAGUGGCACCAUCUGUGUGGACAGCAUGAAGGGAACGUGCUGGCUGAACAUCCAGGACGGGCGUUGUGAGGUGAACAUUAACGGGGCCACACUGAAGUCGGAGUGCUGUGCCACACUGGGAGCGGCCUGGGGCAGUCCCUGCGAGCGCUGUGAGAUCGAUACCACCUGCCCCCGAGGGUUUGCCAGGAUGAAGGGGGUCACAUGUGAAGAUGUGAACGAGUGUGAUGUCUUCCCCAGCGUCUGCCCCAACGGGCGCUGUGUGAACACGGCCGGCUCCUUCCGCUGCGAGUGUCUUGAAGGGCUGACCCUUGAUGGGACUGGCAGGACAUGUGUGGAUGUACGUGCGGAGCAGUGCUACAUGAAGUGGGAUGAGGACGAGUGCACGGCACCCCUGCCCGGGAAGUACCGGAUCGACAUGUGCUGCUGCUCUGUGGGCUCAGCCUGGGGCAGCGACUGUGAAGAGUGCCCCAGAGCCGGCAGCAGCGAGUACAAGGCCAUCUGCCCCAGGGGCCCUGGCUUUGCCAAUAGAGGGGACGUGCUCUCAGGCAGACCCUUCUACAAAGAUGUGAACGAGUGUAAGGUCUUUUCCGGCCUCUGCGCUCACGGGACCUGUCGGAACACCAUUGGCAGCUUCCGAUGCCUCUGCGGCAAUGGCUUCGCCUUGGAUGCCGAGGAAAGAAACUGCACAGAUAUCGAUGAGUGCCGCAUCUCACCAGACCUGUGUGGCCACGGCACCUGCGUCAACACCCCAGGCAGCUUCGAGUGCGAGUGCUUCGAAGGCUACGAGAGCGGCUUCAUGAUGAUGAAGAACUGCAUGGACAUCGACGAGUGUGAGCGGGACCCGCUGCUGUGCCGUGGAGGGAUCUGUGUCAAUACUGAGGGCAGCUUCGAGUGCAUCUGCCCCCCAGGCCAUGAGCUGAGCGCAGAAGGCAAUGCCUGCGUCGAUAUCAAUGAAUGCUCCCUCAGCGACAGCCUGUGCCACAACGGGCACUGCAUCAACGUCAUCGGCACCUACCAGUGCGCCUGUGACUCUGGCUUCCAGGGCACUCCGGACAGGCAGGGCUGCGUCGAUAUUGACGAGUGCACCAUCAUGAACGGCGGCUGCGACACACACUGCACCAACUCAGAAGGCAGCUACCAGUGCAGCUGCAGUGAAGGCUACGCGCUCAUGCCGGACAAGAGGUCGUGUACAGAUGUGGAUGAGUGUGCAGACAACGUGAACCUGUGUGAGAAUGGGCAGUGCCUGAACGCGCCCGGCGGCUACCGCUGCGAGUGCGAGAUGGGCUUCAACCCCACGGAGGACAGCAGGGCCUGCCAGGACAUUGACGAAUGCACCUUCCAGAACAUCUGUGUCUUCGGGAGCUGCCAAAACCUGCCUGGGAUGUUCCGCUGUGCCUGUGAUGACGGCUAUGAGCUCGACAGGAGCGGAGGCAACUGCACAGACGUCAAUGAGUGCGCGGACCCCGUGAACUGCAUCAACGGGCUGUGCGUCAACACCCCAGGCAGCUACCUGUGCAACUGCCCCCAGGACUUCGAGCUGAACCCCACGGGAGUGGGCUGUGUGGACACCCGCGUUGGGAACUGUUUCCUGGACACUCAGGACCGCGGGGAUGGUGGGAUCUCUUGCAGCGCUGAAAUCGGAGUGGGCGUCACUCGGGCCUCCUGCUGCUGCUCGCUGGGCCGUGCCUGGGGGAACCCCUGUGAAGUGUGCCCUCCAGCCAACACAACUGAGUACAAGACCCUGUGCCCCGGAGGAGAAGGCUUCAGGCCCAACCCCAUCACAGUCAUCCUGGAGGAUAUCGAUGAGUGCCAGGAGCUGCCAGGCCUCUGCCAGGGGGGCAACUGUGUGAACACUUUUGGCAGCUUCCAGUGCGAGUGCCCCCUGGGCUACUACCUCAACGAGGACACACGCAUCUGUGAAGAUAUUGAUGAGUGCUCUGCCCACAUCGGGAUCUGUGGCCCUGGGACUUGCUACAACACUCUGGGCAACUACACCUGUGUGUGCCCCCCUGAGUACAUGCAGGUCAACGGAGGAAACAACUGCAUGGACAUGAGGAAGAGCGUGUGCUACCGCAACUACAAUGACACCUGUGAGAACGAGCUCGCCUUCAACAUGACCAAGAAGAUGUGCUGCUGCUCCUACAACAUCGGCAAGGCCUGGAACAAGCCCUGCGAGCCCUGCCCCACACCCGCCAGCCCUGAGUACCAGAUCCUUUGUGGGAACCAGGCCCCUGGCUUUAUCAUCGACAUUCACACGGGGAAGCCAAUCGAUAUUGAUGAGUGCAGUGAGAUCCCUGCUAUCUGCAGCAAUGGCGUCUGCAUCAACCAGAUCGGAUCCUUCCGGUGCGAGUGCCCCAUCGGUUUCAGCUACAACAACAUUCUGCUCAUCUGCGAAGACAUUGAUGAGUGCAGCAGCGGGGAGAACCUUUGCCAGCGCAAUGCUGAUUGCAUCAACAUCCCGGGCAGUUACAGGUGCGAAUGCUCAACCGGAUACAAGCUGUCACCUAGUGGAGCCUGUGUGGGUCGCAAUGAAUGCCAGGAAAUCCCCAAUGUCUGCAGCCAUGGGGAUUGCGUGGACACCGAGGGCAGCUAUAUCUGCAUCUGUCACAAUGGGUUCAAGGCCACAGGAGAGCAGACCAUGUGCAUGGAUAUUGAUGAAUGUGACCGGCAGCCCUGUGGGAACGGCACUUGCAAGAAUACAGUCGGCUCCUAUAACUGCCUGUGCUUCCCUGGCUUCGAGCUGACGCACAAUAAUGACUGCAUGGACAUUGACGAGUGCUCCUCCCUGGGGGGGCAGGUGUGCCGGAAUGGCCAGUGUAUAAACAGCAUUGGCUCCUUCCAGUGCCUGUGCCAGGAAGGAUAUGACCGGACCCUGGAUGGGAAGAAUUGUGUUGACAUCAAUGAGUGUGUGAGCCUGCCUGGAACCUGCUCUCCGGGGACAUGUCAGAACCUGGAAGGCUCUUUCCGCUGCAUCUGCCCCCCGGGGUACGAAGUGCAGAAUGACAACUGCAUCGAUAUCAAUGAGUGUGAGGAAGAGCCCAACAUCUGCCUGUUUGGUACUUGCACCAACACCCCCGGCAGCUUCCAGUGCAUCUGCCCCCCCGGCUUCGUCCUGUCCGACAACGGCCGCAGGUGCUUUGACACCCGCCAGAGCUUCUGCUUCACCCGCUUCGACAAUGGCAAGUGCUCUGUCCCCAAGGCCUUCAACACCACCAAAGCUCGCUGCUGCUGCAGCAAGAUGCCUGGAGAGGGUUGGGGCGACCCCUGUGAGCUGUGCCCCCAGGAAGGAAACGUUGCCUUCCAGGAGCUGUGCCCGUAUGGCCACGGGGCUAUCCCUGGCCCAGGCGAUACCCGGGAAGAUGUGAACGAGUGCGCCGAGAACCUCGGGAUCUGCAUCAACGGGGCUUGUAUUAACACUGAUGGCUCCUUCCGCUGCGAAUGUCCCUUUGGCUACAAUUUGGAUUACACCGGAGUCAAUUGUGUGGAUACUGAUGAAUGCUCCAUUGGCAACCCAUGUGGGAAUGGGACCUGCACCAACGUGGUGGGAGGCUUCGAGUGCACCUGCGACGAGGGAUUUGAGCCAGGGCCCAUGAUGACCUGUGAAGAUAUCAACGAGUGCACGCUGAACCCCCUGCUCUGCGCCUUCCGCUGCAUCAACACCUUCGGCUCCUACGAGUGCACCUGCCCCUCGGGAUACACCCUCCGGGAAGACAGGAGAAUGUGCAAAGAUCUGGACGAGUGCUCAGAAGGCCUCCAUGACUGCGAGUCUCAAGGGAUGAUGUGCAAGAACCUCAUUGGUACCUUCCUGUGCAUCUGCCCCCCAGGAAUGCAGCGCAGACCCGACGGAGAGGGCUGUACAGAUGAGAACGAAUGCCGCACCAAGCCGGGGAUCUGCCCCAACGGCCGCUGUGUUAACAACGUGGGCAGCUAUCGGUGUGACUGCAAUGAAGGCUUCCAAGCCAGCGCCUCAGGCACCGAAUGCAUCGACACCCGCCAGGGAUUCUGCUUCACUGAAGUGCUGCAGACCAUGUGCCAGGUGUCCUCCACCAACCGCAAUCCGGUCACCAAGUCUGAGUGCUGCUGCAAUGGUGCCCGCGGCUGGGGGACCCAGUGUGAGCUCUGCCCACUCCCAGGAACCAGCCAGCACAAAAGGAUGUGUCCACAUGGGCCUGGGUACACCACCGAUGGGCGAGACAUCGAUGAGUGCAAGGUGCUGCCCAACCUAUGCAGAAAUGGACAGUGCAUCAACAGCAUCGGCUCCUUCCGCUGCCACUGCAAACUGGGCUACACCACCGACAUCACCGGCACAGCCUGCGUAGAUCUGGAUGAGUGUAACCAGUCUCCUAAGCCAUGUAACUUCAUCUGCAAGAACACAGAGGGCAGCUACCAGUGCUCCUGCCCCAGGGGGUACAUCCUCCAGGAGGACGGAAAGACCUGCAAAGACUUAGAUGAAUGCUCCACCAAACAGCACAAUUGCCAGUUCCUGUGUGUAAAUGUCAUCGGCGGGUUCAACUGUAAAUGCCCCCCUGGAUUCACUCAGCACCACUCCUCCUGCAUCGACAAUAACGAGUGUACAGCCCAGCCCACGCUGUGUGGAGCCAAAGGCCAGUGUCAGAACACGCCAGGCAGUUAUAACUGUGAAUGCCAGAAAGGAUUCUCCCUGGACAGCUCUGGUAUCAACUGUGAAGAUGUGGAUGAGUGCAACGGGAACCAUCGCUGCCAGCAUGGCUGUCAGAAUGUCCUGGGAGGCUACCGCUGUGGCUGUCCUCAGGGCUAUGUGCAGCAUUACCAGUGGAACCAGUGUGUGGAUGAAAACGAGUGCACCAGCCCCUCUGCCUGCGGCUCCGCCUCCUGCUACAACACUCUGGGCAGCUUCAAGUGCGUCUGUCCGUCCGGCUUUGACUUCGACCAGGCCUUCGGCGGGUGCCAGGAUGUGGACGAGUGCUCAGCCGGUGGCAGCCCCUGCAGCUACGGCUGCUCCAACACUGAUGGGGGCUACCUGUGCGGCUGCCCUGGGGGAUACUUCCGAGCUGGACAAGGGCACUGUAUUUCUGGACUCGGCUUCGGCAAAGGCUCCUACCUGCCUGCCCCUCCAGAGGAGGAUGAGGAGAACCUGCUCUCCCACGAGACCUGCUACGAGUGCAAGAUAAAUGGCUACCCCAAGCGGGGCCGGCAGCGCCGCAGCAUCAACGGGACUAUGGGGCACCAGAAGCCCUCAGUGAGUCUGGCCAGCAUGGAUAUUGAUGCUCCCCUGUCCAUGAGCCUGAACCUCUCGGCCCUGGACCACAAGGAGCACAUCCUGGAGCUGCUGCCGGCUGUGGAGGCCCUCAAAAACCGUGUGCGCUACGUGGUCUCUCAUGGCAACGAGGACGGCUACUUCCGCAUCCACCAGAAAGAAGGACUCAGCUACCUGCACCUCGGCCACAAGAAGAUCGUGCCUGGCACCUACCUGCUGGAGAUCGUGAGUGUGCCCCUGUAUCGCAAAAAGGAACUGCAGAAACUGGAGGCCAAGAACGACCUCAACUACUUGGCAGGGGAGCUUGGCCAAGCACUCAGGAUGAGGUUUCAGCUCCAGCUUUACUAGCCACCAUGAGAACCAACCAGCCACCCAGCCAGCCACAGCCCAGUUCUUAGCAGCGCCACCCACACCUGGAAACAAACUCCUUUGCUAUCGCCACACCCCUGUGCCAUCGCCACACCCCUGUGCCAGCACCUCGCCGGCCACGCUGUCCGACUGCUGGGAAAUGUGCCCCUGGACUCAGCACUGGGCCUGGGCAGCUAAGGGCCACUCUGCUUCACAGAGCACCUGUGUUACGCACCAAGCAACCCCCCAAAAGAGCUUGUUAAAUCUUUGUCCAUGGUUUGAAACCCUGUUGUCUGAAGCUGUGUCUCCCUCUGUGCUCUCAUCCCCUGCAGUGGGCAGCUCUGUCCUCUUCCCUUAAACAUGACACUGUUAGUCUGAGCUGACAAAGAUUUUCCCAUUGAAACCUCCCUGUCUUCCAAGGCCAGGGGCUGCUUGCCAUCCACAAGCUAGGAGAUGGGCAGUGGCUGAGGACAGAGCUCAGAAGUGACCUCUAAAGAAGCUGCUGUAUUGGUGUCAUUUCCCAACGUAUCUGGUUUUUCCUUUGCUUCUGCAUUGCCAUAAUGGUGCUCUGGAAAAUCCUCCUCAGCCGACACUGGCUGCUCGCUAUCUGCCGUGCUCUUUUUUUAUAUUGUCUUCCAUCAGGUCCUGCAUUUGUCCUUUUAAAUGCCAAAAAAAAAGGGUUAAUUUGGCCCCACUUGGAGUGAAGGGCCAGUUUGGAUUAUGCCAUGUACCCUCACACUGCAAGCUAGCCAGUCUGAAGGACUGCAGGCUUCUGUUCCAGUUUAAGGCUUCAAUACUGCGGUGUUCUGAACAUGUGCAAUACUAGCUGGUACUGCUGGCACCCUCUCCACAGAGUGGAGUUUGGAAGGGUUGUUCCUACAGCUCCAGCAACUGCAGAGGUUAACGUACGUCCUUCUGUCACCAGCAGGUGCUGAGUAGCUUUGGGGGAGGCGUACAGUUGUAUGCUUUGAUUGUGGUUGAACAAACUCAAUUGCCACGAGAGAUGUAGUGAGUCUUAGCACAGCACAGAUAGGCCCUUCCUGCUAGUAGGAAUUGGGGGUUCUUUGGCCCAGUGGGGGAUCCUGGACCCACUGCUGGGAGUGUUUGCGAGUUCCCCUAGAGGUCCCCCUGAGCAGGAGCAGGAGAGGUGUGCUGAGAAGUGGCACUGCAGGCCCACAGGGGAGAGGGACAUGGCUCAUGGGCAUUUAGGCCCAUAUUUUCAAAAUGGUCCCUGAUUUUGGGUGCCAGUUUGGAGGUGUCUGGUUUGAGUCACCUCAGGGCCUUUGGCCAGAUACCCACAGUUAGGGGCACUUGCAAAUAUGGGAUUCUGCUCUGGUCACUCCAAUAUGAUGUCAGAAAUACUAAUCCGCUGGUCAGUGUAGACAAACUAAAUGCACUAAAAACAACCUGCAAAAUCGGAUUGCAAAGAAUCUGUCUCCUUGCAGCCGCUGAAGGCCUGAGCAAACAGGUUCGUACUGAGAGCCCUUGCCUCCUGCCAAGAGGGUGAUUUUGCAUACGACUGUUUUCUACAUGACCAUUUUCUAGUUUUGCAUGAAACUCUUUUUUCCGUUUUUUGUGUAAGUCGGUUUUGAGGUUUGUUUGUUUUUUGGUUCUGCAUCAACACUGUGCAUCAGCAAAAGGAAACAAAGGUGCUAAUUCACUCAUUGUAACACACAAGACUACCUGAUAGAUCCCCAGAUCAAUGGUGCUUUCAGCUCGCAGAAGCUGGUGCUGGUACUGAAUUGUCAGGGUUACUGCACUGUAUCCACCCUUCAUAUUUAUGUGUAACCACCAAUGCUCAUCGUUGUGAGGAGAGCAUAUUCCUGUAGCUUUUUGGUACUUUGGGGUGGGGGUUGUUUUUUCAUUUCUGUUCUUUCCUGGGAUGCUGCCACCACAUGGCAUGUAGGGGAAGUGUGUGUAUACUGUACUUUGGCUAAUAUCAAACUUGAAAACGCUUUUGCACAAUGCAGCUGCAAACCACACAAAGCUGGAUUUUGCAAGAGUAUCAGACCUCAUGACGUGACAGGUGGCCUGUUUUUGUUUUGUUUUUUUACC